GUGUGACCUACCUAGCUAGCUAACGGGUGCAGGGAGAGCUGUGUUUAUCUGCCGCUGUUGUUCAUCUGCUCUGCUGCGGGUUAUCUCACUUUUAAGACCGAGACGGAUCUCAAGACAUUAACUGCAUCUCAGUACUAAUCAGGAUGUCCAAGGAGCAGCAGGCGGUGGCUUGUGCCAGAAAAGCCUUUGAAACAGGCAGGUCCAAAUCUUUAGAGCACCGGAUCCGCCAGCUGAAGAACCUGCAGCGGUUGUUCAUUGAGAAACAGAGUGUGAUUUCAGAUGCCAUCAAGAAAGACCUCAAUAAGAGCGUGGUGGGGACCCAGCUGUAUGAGACUCUAGGUCUGGAGGGGGAGAUCGGCCUGGCCAUCAAGAAACUGAAGGAGUGGGCGGCCCCUCGACCUGUGGAGAAGAACCUGAUGACCAUCUCUGACACUGUUUACAUCAAGCCGGAGCCUCUGGGAGUGGUGCUUAUCAUCGGGGCCUGGAACUACCCCUGGGCUGUCACCAUCCAGCCGCUCAUAGGAGCCAUCGCCGCUGGUAAUGCAGCUGUGGUCAAGCCCUCAGAGGUCUGUGUUCACACUGCAAAGGUCAUGGAGGACCUGCUGCCGCUUUACAUUGACAAAGAGCUUUACCCCGUAGUAACUGGAGGAGUGUCAGAGACCCAGGAGCUGCUGCGUCAGAGGUUCGAUCACAUCUUCUACACCGGCAACAGCGUGGUGGGCAAACUGAUCAUGGAGGCUGCUGCCAAACACCUCACGCCUGUCACCCUGGAGCUGGGCGGCAAGAGCCCCUGCUACAUUGACAGGAACUGUGACAUCACCAUAGCCUGCAGGCGUGUUGCCUGGGGAAAGUACACAAACUGUGGUCAGACAUGCAUCGCCCCCGACUACAUCCUGUGUGACCCCAGCAUCCAGGACCGGGUCAUCGAAGAGGUCAAGAAGGCCAUAAAGGAGUUCUACACGGACAACCCAAAGACCUGCCCUGACUACGGACGCAUCAUCAACCAGCGCCACUUCAAGAGGAUAAUAAACAUGAUGGAAGACAGCACCAUCGCUGUAGGCGGAGACAACGACGAGUCAGACUGCUACAUAGCCCCCACAGUUCUGCGGGACGUGAAGCCAGAGGCGAAGGUGAUGCAGGAGGAGAUAUUUGGACCUCUGCUUCCCAUCUUGUCGGUCAGCAGCCUGGACGAAGCAAUCAAGUUUAUCAACAAAGGAGAGAAACCCCUGGCUCUCUACGUCUUCUCAUCAGAUAACAAGGUGAUAACGAGAAUGGCAGACGAUACCUCCAGUGGAGGACUGCUGGCCAACGACUGUCUCGUGCACUUUUCUGUGAACUCUUUGCCUUUCGGAGGAGUGGGAAACAGUGGUAUGGGCUGCUACCACGGCAAGUACAGCUUUGACCAGCUGAGCCACCUGCGUGGUUGUCUCAUCAAGCAGCUGAAUAUGGAGGGCGUGAACAGCAUGCGGUACCCGCCUCACACACCCAAGAAACUGGGCUGGGCUCGCUUCUUCAUCCUGCAGAACGUAGACCUGGGCUGGGUUGGGCGGAUGGUGCUCUUAGCCGUCCUGGCUGUGGUGGCUGCUGUUGUGCUGCAGAAUUAUUUUCUUUGAAGACAUCCCACUGCUUCCCAGACAACAAGUGUGUUGUUUCCUCGGCCUUUAGGACCAGAGAGAAGAAAAGAACAACAUUAAUUUCAUAAUAUUUAUGUUUAAAUCAGAUCAGCAUCUGCACGGGAACGCAUUAAUACAGUGAAUGUUUAGUGUGCAGCCUUAAUCCAUUUUACAUUGUAUUAACAUGUCGGAAGUUUCACGUAGCUCACUGUAGCAAGCAUCAUAUUUUCAUGAAGGUAAUUAUUUAUUCCAAUGUAUGGGUCUUACAUUUGUGUUCAGCAUUGCUACAUUCAAUUUUAACCCGUUCAGGUAAUCAGGUUUACAUACUUAUAAAAUACCUUUUAAAUACACUGUAAUACAUACAAUAUAAUGCUGUGAUUCUGCUAUGAAUGAUUUUUAAAUUAAGUAACAAAAUGUUUAACACUACUGUAAGAUUUUACUGUGAUAUGAACAAGACUUGCAGCAUUUGCUAACAGACUAAUUAAUGUUCACUGGAGGGCCGAAACAAAGGAGUUAGUUGCAUUUUCUGCAUAAUGACGCUGUUUUUAUUGUGUAGGAGUUACCUACAGUCCAUUCCAUUUCACAUUCAACCUGAAGAUACUUGAUGAUUUCUGUCCAGUUUGUCAUGUCUGUCUCUGAGACUUCAGUAUUCGGUCAAGACUUUUCAGUCCUCCUUAUUUAACUACAAUCUGUUCGAAUCAAACUGGAUCAUGUGAAGGAUUUUUAUUUCAUUUUCCUAAAAAUCACCAAAUGCCUGUAACAAAUUUACUUUAAACAACAGUAAUUCCUAAAUGUUUUCUGUCACACCAUUAACAUUUUAUGGGAUUUGUAAUUAAUAGUUGAAUAAAUAUACAUGUAUUUGUAUAUUGGAUUAAUUAUAUUCAAAUAAAUAUAUUUCUACGUGUA